GGGUGAAGAGAUAAAAGGGGGAAGCGUUUCACCUUUGUUUGUAUGGCCGGAGUGCAGUUAGAAAAAGAAUUGGAGAGGAGGUUUAAUGAGUUUUGGAAUGGCUCAUAUAAGGUCAGGGUGAAGGUUGCAGAUGAUAGGAGGAAGUCAGGCAUUGAGGUAACAAGGACGGUUAAAGAAUGUAAGCCAAGGAGUAGGAUGGAUAGACUUGUUCAAUUGGGUCAAUCAUAUGCACAAGCAGUUGUGGGAAUUUGCCCAGAAAUUAAGGAGCUUCCUGUUCAUGAUCGGUCAGUGGGUGAGGAGGCUGUGCAAUUUGCGCAGAAGGAGGCGGUGGAAUCUUGUGUCAAGGAAGCUACAAGCAACAGAGUGGCAAAGAACAUACAGGAACAGCCUCAAGAUGCGGUUAUUGAUUUUACAUCCAUGAAGGAAGGGUUUAGCUGGCUUGAAGGAAGUAUGGUGGCUAUGGUUAGGCAAGUGUCAUUAACAGAACGUGAAGCAGUAUCUAGAAUUGUUAAACUGAAAGUGGAUGACCAGCUGUAUUCGGUAGGGGUGGCAGAGGAGGAAUGGCGCUCCGAUCCUGACUUCUGGCUGACGAACGACGACUGGGAGACCGAAACAGAAUUGGAAUCCGACUAUUCUUCGUUGCAAAACAGAAAUGAGGAUUAUGACUUGAUUUUGGCCGAAAAUGGAGGGGGGAAUGAGGAGAAUUUUAAUGAUGAGAAUCUGUUAGAGAAGGAAGGCGUUUUGAAUUUUAAAAGUAACUCUGCAAUGGAAACUGAUGCAAAGGAGUGUUCGAAAACAGAAGCUGAUGACGAUGAUGAAUGUGGUGGGCCUACUAAAGCCACUAUAGUAGAUGAGGAUGGCACGACCUCUGUUCAGCUUUUGGAAAACAAGAGCUUCACGGGUAGAAGAAGGAAGCAGAUCGGGGAAUCCUAUUCACAAAAAAUGGUAGAAAUUGAGGAUAAUAGAACUUCGUGGGUUACAACAAGAUCAAAGCAGCGACAAAAAAGGUGGAAGCAAGCUCAACAAAAGGCAUUGGUGAAGGUGAGAAAGAUGAUUAGUGUGGGCAAAAGGUUGGGUGUUGAGAUACAAGGAAAUGAGGAGGAGGUUCAAUCUAGAUUGCUGCAAGUUGAAGAAUGGGAGGAGGGGAUUGGGGGGAUUGUUGAAGAGGAAGGAGGGGGUUGUGGUAUUCAUGGCUAUGAUUGGGUUAUGAUGGAGUCGUUGGGUGCUUCUGGUGGUUUGCUUUGUAUCUGGGAUAAAGUUAAAUUUGUCAAGUUAGGAGUGGUUAUUGGGGAUGGUUUUUUGGCCAUUGAAGGGGAGGAGUUGGGCAAGAUGGUUAUGGAAAAGGGCAGAUGCUGGUUGAUUGCAGGUGACUUUAAUGUUGUUAGAUAUCCGAAAGAGCGAAGAGGAAGAACAGAAGAAUGCCCAGAGAUGGAGGACUUUAAUGCUUUUAUUGAAACAACAAGGCUAAUUGAUAUUAGAUUGGCGAAUAGGCGUUUUACAUGGUAUCGGCCAGAUGGAUCUUCUAUGAGUCGAUUGGAUAGAUUUCUGAUGAUGAAGGGGAUAUAUGAAAUGGGGCAUGAGUGGGUGCAAAAAGGGAUGCAAAAGACUGUAUUAGAUCAUUGUGCUGUUAUCUUGCAUACAACUAGUGCAGAUUGGGGUCUGAAACCAUUCCGAGUGUUGGAUGCAUGGCCGCCACAUCCAAAUUUUAGGACAGUAGUGGAUACUAAGUGGAGAGAGAUGGUGGUUAAAGGAUACAUAGGUUAUAGGUGUCAACAAAAGUUAAGGUUGUUAAAGGAAUUUAUAAAGGGUUGGAAUAGGGAAGUGUUUGGGAAUGUUGAUGCUCAAUUUGAAAAAGCAACAAAUAUGGCGGAGCAGUUGGACAUAAAGAAUGAAGAUUUUGACUUGGAAGAGUUUGAGUUGAGUCAAAGACAAGAGGGAGUACAGGACAUAUGGGAUAUUUUGAGAAAGAGGGAGGCUAUAUGGAGGCGAAAAUCGAGAAGUAAUUGGGUGAAGUUGGGUGAUGCGAACGCUAGAUUUUUCCAUAAAGUUGUGAAUUGUAGAAGGGCGUAGAAUAAUAUAAUGGGCUUCACGUGUGAUGGUCGGUGGGUGGAGGAACUGGAUUUGGUUAAAAGGGAGAUUGCCAAAUAUUUCUCUGGGUUGUUUCAAGGUCACUUAUGGAAUAGACCUAAGUUAGUUGG